AUGCCUAGAAAAGACAGAGAUGUCUGGGACCCGCCGGAGGACCGCAAGGCGGUGGAGGAGCCACCAUCUGCUUUCAUGCAACACUUCCAGGACCGUGCUGUGCGGGUUGGAAAGGAUGGCAGUAACGCACAGUUAGUGCGGGUCAAGCAGACGAAGCCGAUACGAUGGUCAGAUGGCAGCAAUAGAAAGAACGAGGGUGGGAAUUCAGUGCCUGCAUCUGUGGGGUGUGAGGCAGACAUGCACAACAAGAAGCCAAUGAUGAUGCCGUUGCCGUUAAAGAAUAGACGCCAUGCGGGGGGAAUUGUGGCACCUGACGAGCUCAAAGCAGGACCCCCUGCGCCACGACCGCUCGCCAACAACUUCAACAGUUGCUUGGAUAGGGGCACUAGUGGGGGUAGACAGCCAAGACGUUUGUUAGCUGCCCCUGGCGUGGAUCGUAGGGAGGCGCCUAACGCAGCGGUGCCCGUAAUAGAGUUGUCUCCACACUCGCGUCUAGACAACCAACGCGGGACGACCGCUGCGGCUGCGGUGGUGCCGCCGCGUCGUCAGCCGUCAGACGCGUUGUCCUUUUCAACGGGCAGAAGCCAAUCGCCAGAAGUUCUCUCCGUCGAGCGCGUUGAUGCGUUGCGACCAGUGAGGGCAUUAUUGCCCCGUUCACGGCCUUUACCCGAGCCCGUGGGGUCAGUGCAAGUAGGAAACGGCCUUCCAAAGCCGCUGUCUCGUCUGCCCCCACGCAGGAUCAGUGAAACCGGUGACGCGGACGAGGCCCAACUGAUGCCCAGACCGAAAAAUGCGCUGGCAUCUCCUUCGUCGUACACACAGCAGAAGAAUGUUGGUGGGAGUAGUUCGAGUCAGAACAGGGGGAGCAGCAACGGCGCGGUGGUGCAAGGAGAUGGAGAGACUGACUCUUCCGGUCGGCUGGGAGACAAUAGAAGUGAGUCUGCCGCGGAUGCUUCGCCCAUCAUUCCAAUGUACCAGCCGAUGGGUUUCAUGAUGUUCGCCAAACCCAAUCUUGCGAAAAACGGAAAUAAAAAGCCCCUCAACGCCGCGAGGCAGAAAAAAUUAGCCAGUGGCGCUAAGCGACCGGCCACAGAGGAGGGUCCACGCGACAGCCGCCAAGGACAGCUUCCUCGCACGCGAGGAAACAACCAUAUUGCAUCAGACGGUAAAGAGUCACCCAUGUCCGUGCCGUCAACAACGACAAGGAUACUUUCCCACCCCAGCAGACUCCCGCCGCUGGCGUUCACCUCAGCACCAGAUGCGGAUGCAGCGUCCGCAACCAGCAGCGGGGCGUUGACGGAAACCAAGGAAUCUGAACGGGAGGAAGUGAAGAAAAAGAACCCUGCGUACAAGGCGUAUAAAUGGAAGGACUACAAAAUGAUGAUGGAGCAGGUGGCGAAUCUUAAGUUGGGAGGUCUGGGGCCCACCGACACGGACGAGCAACGCCAGGCCAAGGAAAAAUUGCAGCGUCAGCGUCAAUACGGUGAGUUGGCUGAGAAACUAGCCGUAGAGAAGAUACGUGAAAAGCAACAGCAGUGGAUUCUUCUUCAAAGACAACAGUUAGAAGAACAAGGUGAGGAAGGCGCUCUUGCCAGUGAGACACCAUCAAAGCGGCGGCGGCAACCGCCUCCCCCAGAACGAAUUCAGGCCCAAGAAAGAAGGGCACGUGCGUUGGACUACGCCCGAAACAUCCCACGACCAGAGCCGCCAACCAAGCGCAACGCGCGUGACGGGAAUAGUUCUACUCUCUCCGAGUCUGGUUCUCUGCGCUGGCGCUCGCCGCAGGAUGAGGCUGCAUGGCGGCGCGAACAGCGCCUGAAGGAACUGGAGGCUAGGCACCGUAUUGACCGAGAAAGAGUGGCGGCAGUCAAGCGACAACUUGGAUAUUGA